CCUUUCCGUCAUCCUCUCCCAGAAACAAUGCAGUUCACGAGUUACAUCGUGGCCGUCCAGCUCUGCGUCCUUCUGGGGUCUUCCGCCUUUUACUGCCGGGUCACAUCUUCAGCCGAAAUAGACCAACUUAAGGAAUACUUUAAUACAAGUAGUACAGACACAGCGGGUGGUGGGAUUCUUUUCUUGGAUAUUUUGAAGAAUUGGGAAAAGGAGAGUGACAAAAUAAUUCAGAGCCAAAUUGUGUCCUUCUACUUCAAACUUUUCGAACAACAUAAAGACAACCAGACCAUCAAAAAGAGCAUUGAGACCAUCAAGGAAGAGAUAAUUGCUAAGUUCUUCAACAGCAGCUACAGCAAGGCAGAGGCCUUCCAAAACCUGCUUCGAAUUUCGGUACAUGACCUACAGGUCCAACGCAAAGCCAUCAGUGAACUCUAUGAAGUGAUAGUUAGUCUAGUGCCAGGAACUCCCCUGAGAAAGAGAAAAAGGAGCCAGACCCUGUUUCGCGGUCGGAGAACACCCAAGUAACCAC